UGCCCAUGCAGGGCCAGAUCACAGCCUGGGCGCUUUGCUGGCCGCCGCCGCCAGAGGAUUUUGCGCAGGCAGCUCUGGCACUCUGGGUGCUUGUUGUCGAUCGAUGCCCACGUCGGGCGCGUGGGCUCUCGGACAUGAUGAUGCCGGUGAAACACAGCGUAGGUGAAGCUUGUGUGCCGCUAGCUCCAACUAGCCACGGCCGUCCACUUGGAGCGCCAGACGCGCUCCCCGUUCAUAUAAAGGGAGCGUCUGUGCGGCUUAACAGGUACGUUUGGGGAAUCGCUUGGAUGCCAGCAGGGAACAAAAAAGGGUGGUGCCCCAUGCGAUCGAGCGCGCAGCCUAUCGCCACAGCGACUCAUAAGACCUCCCGGAUCCAGCCCCCCGGUCGCUGUCAUCCCGCCUCUCUCCCCCCCUCCCCUCCCUGCGGAAUGUCGUCCGACUUCCUCAGCAGCAUCUUCUCCGUCAUCUGCGUCCUGUACGGCGCCGUCAUCACCAUCCAGCACAUGGCGGCGUACGAGAUGCACGACGGCAACCGCAACAACGACAGCACUGGCGGCAGCAGCAGCAGCAGGAAGGAGGGGGCGAUGGUGGGCAACAGCCAAAGCGAUUGCUGGUCCUGGGGGAGGGCACAUACCAGGGACACGCCAUUGAGAUAUGUCUCCAUGGUCAUGUGUAAAUCAUCCGAUGGAUAUUGGGCGACUUUUGCCGCGACCAAGAAGAACAUGAAGAAGGUUGAAGAGCUGUUGUCGAAAGAUCCCCUAUUAGUCACAUUUUUGUAAGCAUAGCGGACGGAGUCGGUUUCCUUCAGUAUCUGGUUUCGAGGUUGUGCGGAUAUGAUAUGGCAGACACCCAUCUCGGGCUUGUUCAGAGGGGGUUUCUUUUCUUCAAAGAGCGGCGACGCUGCAUCGUAUCGCAUGCACUUGGGCCAUUUGAGGUUUGGCCUGCACUGUUCGCUCCCCACAGGCGUCGAGCUUCCGAGAGUUGAAGGGACACGAUAUAGAUUGCCAUGCCGUUACGUGAUCAAGAUACAAGGGGUAACAGGACUUCUCUACUCAAUCGGCC